AUGGCGCCAUUAGAAACAGUCAAUCUUCCUCACUUGCCUGCUGAUCUUCCGGUGUUCGUGGCACUCUACCGCAAUGUGGAAAAUGCAGAUUUCUUGCUCCAGCAGCUACUUGCGGGUAAUACACAAUUUGAAUAUGCGUUGAUUGAUGCAAGCAUGAUUCUAUCACGAACACACGCUAUUACAGCUAUCUUCCGAGCAGUCAAUGACUAUAUGAACAAGCGCCUUAAAUCCCGCAAUGUACACUCGGAGAUUGUCUUCUCCUUCAGUGCGGCUAAUAAUAUCGCUGACUCAUUCCGCAAAUUCGGCAUUUCUGACUCCACAAAGGACUUGCUGGUGGUGAAAGUUGCCGUGUCCCCGGAGAUAACGCAUGACUCCGUUGCCACACACCUGGAAACUUCCAUUCAAGGAAUUUCUGUGACCUUUGAUGACCAGUCCAUUUCUGAGAUCUCGGACUUUGCCAAGAUCAAGAAGGCGUACAAACUUGGAGCUUUGCCUACUCCUCAGGCCAAGACGGAUGCUAAAGAAGCCAAUGGCACACCAGAUGAGGCCAAACGGCGGCUUGAGCGGUCGAUUCUGGGUGCAAUUGCUCUGCGUGGAUCGUGA